CGUGGCUUCAAUUUCAAUAACUUUAUUGGUGGCCUUAGCCGCAGAACAGCCAUCGCACCAUUGGUCCCGGGAGGAGGCAGAGCAUCGCGGGAGGUGGCCCCCGACUCGAGCUGCACCGCCAUGGGAAACACCACCAGCGACCGGGUGGCCGGGGAGCGCCACGGCGCCAAGGCUGCGCGCGCUGAGGGCGCCGGCGGCCAUGCCCCGGGCAAGGAACAUAAGAUCAUGGUGGGGAGCACCGAUGACCCCAGCGUCUUCAGCCUGCCGGAUUCCAAGCUCCCUGGGGACAAAGAGUUUGUAUCAUGGCAGCAGGAUUUGGAGGACUCCGUAAAGCCCACACAGCAGGCCCGGCCCACUGUUAUCCGCUGGUCUGAAGGAGGCAAGGAGGUCUUCAUCUCUGGGUCCUUCAACAAUUGGAGCACCAAGAUUCCACUGAUUAAGAGCCAUAAUGACUUUGUUGCCAUCCUGGACCUCCCUGAGGGAGAGCACCAGUACAAGUUCUUUGUGGAUGGACAAUGGGUUCAUGAUCCAUCAGAGCCUGUGGUUACCAGUCAGCUUGGCACAAUUAACAAUUUGAUCCAUGUCAAGAAAUCUGAUUUUGAGGUGUUUGAUGCUCUAAAGCUAGAUUCAAUGGAAAGCUCAGAGACAUCUUGUCGAGACCUUUCCAGUUCACCCCCAGGGCCUUAUGGUCAAGAAAUGUAUGUGUUUCGAUCAGAGGAGAGAUUCAAAUCCCCACCCAUCCUGCCUCCUCACCUUCUCCAAGUUAUUCUUAACAAGGACACUAAUAUAUCUUGUGAUCCAGCCUUGCUCCCCGAGCCCAAUCAUGUUAUGCUGAACCAUCUCUAUGCAUUGUCCAUUAAGGACAGUGUGAUGGUCCUUAGCGCAACCCAUCGCUACAAGAAGAAGUAUGUCACUACUCUGCUGUACAAGCCCAUCUGAAGGGAUUCCU